ACUGUAGCGCUUCCGCUGUCAUCCAACUCAUCUUGGAGCUGUGCUCCGAGGCUGUAGCCAUCAUGAUAUUUAUACUGUUCUUAAUUUAUUGUACUCGCUUAGGUACUGGUUUCGAGAUUAAGUCAAUUUUUUGUUCAAUAUCUGAGAGCUGCGAAUGUGACUACAAACCAGACAUAAAAGGUUUGGAGUGGGACCUUUAUAAAAACCUUUAUGGUCAGCAUAUGGUUCAAGACAUUGUCUCAGAAGCAGUGACAAAUUUUUUACAGAAUGAAAACCCAGACAGACCACUAGUGCUUUCUUUCCAUGGAGCAUCUGGGACUGGAAAAAGUUUGGUCAGCGCUAUGAUCGGACGAUAUAUCUAUGGAACGGCUAUGGGCAGUCCGUACAUCCAUCAGUUUGUUCCCACAUUACACUUUCCUUUAGCCAACCGGGUGAAACGAUACAGGUCAGAUCUAAAACUCUGGGUUGAGAGAAACCUCACCGCCUGCGCUCGCUCAAUCUUUAUCUUCGAUGAGAUGGAGAAAAUGCCUCCUGGUGUGAUCGAUGUUUUAGAACCGCAUUUAGGCCCCUUCCAUGUUCUGUUCCAGACAAACUACCGGAAGGCGAUUUAUAUAUUUAUCAGUACUGUAGGUCAGGAGGUAGUUAACAAACUUGCGUUCGAGAGUCGACAGGCAGGAAGAGAGCGAGAGGACAUUCGCCCCAAUGAGCUGGAGGAAAGUAUCGCUGAGGCCGUGUACAACAACAAGAACAGUGGGUUCUACCACUCCAGAAUAAUUACGGAAAAGCUUAUCACUCGUUUUGUGCCUUUCCUUCCCUUGCUUCGGCGCCACGUGGAGCGCUGUGCCCAGCGGGAGCUCUGCCAGCGUGGGGAGUGUCAGCGUACAGAUGUGGCAUCGUCAGUAGGAGGUGCCAUGACUUACACACCAAAUGACAGACAAUAUUUCUCCAGCACCGGCUGCAAAUUGGUGCCGGCUAAAGUUAACCUGUUCCUUUGAGGAUCCUCUUUACAGCACAAAGCCUUUUGGGUGGUUGAACUACAGUGAAGCAAUGUGAAUUUGGGGUUUUGGGACACUCUUUCAGUAUGUUUCAGCCAUGUGGAUGAGUUCUGAUGAAGAAUGAACAGGAUCCGAGAAACAUCUCUGUUUUGAAUCAAGCAAGAAUAAGCCAGUUGAUAGUUAAUACAAAGGCAAAUUCAGUGCUGACCUCUUUUAUACUUCAGAGUUCUCUGGGAUACUAAAACAAUCUACAAAACACAAAUUUUCAGUUUGGAGUUCAUUACAAACGAAGUGCUCUCUAAACAUGAGUGACUUAUUUAUUUUAUCAUGAGGUGAUUCUGAUUUUGACCACAGGGUGGCAGCAGUGCCUACUUGAAGUUUUUUUUUUUUUUCCCACAAUACCUUUUGUUGUAGUUUUUUCCCAUUAAAAAAAUCAUAUUAAAUUUGUAAAUGAUGUAUAAAAGCUUUUUUAUUAUUUAAACAGAUUUAUUUUAAUCGGAAAAUGGAACAGAUCAGCUCUUUCCGUACGAUGUAAAUAACUAUUUUAAAUUGUCAUCAUUUACUAACCCUCAUUCCUUAUUCCAAACCUGUAUGACUUUAUUUUUGUAUGUGGAAGUGGAACAUAAAAGAGAUUUUGCCUCUUGAGUAUUGUGUAGUAUCAUAUCAAGGUUGCAAAAAAGUUAAUAGAUACAUUUUGUUCUCUUAUCUGAAAAGCCAUGUUGUCUACUUUGAUUAAAUUGAGUCAAAUUGCCAAAUUUUAAAUAUUACUUAAUGAAGGGAAAAUAAUAUUUAAUCAUGAAGUCCCCUUAAAUUCAGUAGAAAGCUAUCCACAUUGUACGGUUAUUCUGCACAUUCAUUUAGAAUACUCUGCAAUGAGAUGUAAAUGUUAAAAAACUAUUUUUGUCAUGCUGUUUUCUAUUCAUUGAUCAACCAUUUCUAUUAUUUCCAGCAAUGUGCCAUGUUGCAUUUUUUUUUUAAAAAACAUGUACAUGAAUACAACAUGAAAAGAAGAAACACUACAUCAAAAGCAAGGCAAUAAAAUCAACUUUCAUUUUUUUAAAA